CGACUCACUCCUCCUCGUGUGGAAGGAAAGGCCUUGAGCCGCGGGCCAUCCCCGAACUGUUGAGGGAAAGAUUUGCUUUUAAGUCUAAACAGGUGGGAAAAACAACACAGAGCCCAAGGUUGGAUAGAUUAACAGGAUUUAUGAGCAGCACUAUUUAAGUAACGGAGAGGACAGCCACAGGUUGACAGCUGUUACAGAUGUUCAGAGAGUAACAGAAGAAACAAGACUCACAGCUGAGGUUCACAGCAACGAUGAAGCUCUACAGGCAUCUGCGCUGCACCCGGCAGAGGAUGCAGCUGGUUGUCAUGGCAGCAGUGCUGGCACUGGCGGGGGCGGGGCAGGACUGCAGGCUCCUCUGUCAUCUGACCAACAUCCGCAUCCCUGUGGAGGGCUGUAACCAAACCCAAUUCAUCGACACCACCAUAUGUGAAGGACAGUGUCACUACGAGGACCCGGUCUACAGCCGCCCCCAUCACCUGGCUAAUCAGAAGAUCUGUAACGGGGAAUGGUCCUACGAGGUGAAACGCAUUGAAGGAUGUCCAGUGUUCACCUAUCCUGUGGCCAGAACCUGCGACUGUGUCCAAUGUAACGCAGACGGAAACACAAACUGUGAGCGCUUUCCUGGAGAUAUAGCCACCUGUUAAAGAAACCUAUCGUCUAUCCUACAUUUACUUAUUAUUGUGUCACUUGACUUGGUACUAAAAUAAACAGGUAUCACUU